GGGGAAAACACGUUGUUGAACAUUUUUUUUUAAUUGAAACGUUGAACGAGGUUUUAUGUAGUGCAGAUUUAAGAGUUAAAAAGAGUUUUAUAUUUCAGUUUGACGCGUGUUUGCUGAAUUAUAACCAGUUGGGUUUUUUUUUGUUGUUGUUUCCGAGAGGAUAUAAACACAGAGGGCUGCUGCAAUGUGGAUCCAGGUGCGCACUAUGGAUGGUAAAGAGACCCACCGGGUCGACUCCUUGUCCAAACUCACGAAGGUGGACGAGUUGAGGUUGCGGAUCAUGGAGCUUUUCAACGUUGAGCCUGAGAGGCAGAGGCUCUUCUAUAGAGGCAAACAGAUGGAAGAUGGCCACACUAUUUUCGAUUACAAUGUGGGCCUGAACGACAUUGUUCAGCUACUCGUGAGACAGGCACUUCCUGGAGUGUCUUUACCCAAAGACAAGGAGGCCGAACUGUCAGACUCUGACUCGGGCUGCGGUUCGGGUCAGAGUGAUUCGGAUAAGAGCUCUACUCAUGGAGAGUGUGAGGGUCAGAGCGCUGGAACCUCUGCCCAGAGUGACCUCAUCAACCCGGGCUUUGGCCUCUAUAAGAUAAAUGAACUUGUGGAUGCCAGAGACCUGAAUAUGGGUGCCUGGUUUGAGGCCCAGAUUGUAAAUGUGACAAAGACUCCCAAACCUGCAGAAGGUGAAGGCAUGGAGACGGACGGAGAGGACGACAUCUGGUACCACAUCAAAUACGAAGAUUACCCGGAGAACGGCGUGGUCCAGCUCCAGGGGAAGGACGUGCGCCCACGCGCCCGCACUCUCUACCAGUGGCACCAGCUGGAGGAGGACAUGGUAGUCAUGGUGAACUACAACCCUGAUGAGCCCAAAGAGCGUGGUUACUGGUAUGAUGCUCAGAUCCAGAGGAAGAGGGAGACACGCACCCAGCGAGAAAUUUUUGGCAAAAUACUGCUCGGAGAUGCUGGUGACUCUUUGAACGACUGCCGGAUCUUGUUUGUGAAUGAAAUCUACAAAAUUGAAGAGGCUGGAAGCUUUGAGGGACCCACAGCUGCGUCUGACAGCCCUCUGAAGAGAUCCAAUGGGCCAGAGUGUAAACACUGUAAGGACGACCCCAAGAAAAACUGUCGCUGGUGUAACUGCCGUGUGUGUGGGGUGAAACAGGACCCGGACAAGCAGCUGCUGUGUGAUGAAUGUGACAUGGCCUUCCACACAUACUGUCUCAACCCACCUCUCACAACCAUCCCUAAUGAUGAGGACUGGUACUGCCCCGAGUGUCGAAAUGACGCAAGCGAGGUUGUCCUGGCUGGAGAGAAGCUGAAGGAAAGCAAGAAGAAAGCGAAGAUGGCAUCUGCCAGCUCAUCCAGCCAGAGAGACUGGGGCAAAGGUAUGGCAUGUGUGGGCCGCACCAAACAGUGUACCAUUGUUCCCUCCAACCAUUAUGGGCCUGUACCAGGAGUCCCUGUGGGUACUCUCUGGAAGUUUAGAGUGCAGGUGAGUGAGUCUGGAGUCCACAGGCCUCAUGUUGCAGGGAUCCAUGGCCGAAGCAACGAUGGCGCUUAUUCUCUAGUGCUGGCUGGAGGCUAUGAGGAUGAUGUGGAUGAUGGUAACGAGUUUACAUACACAGGCUCCGGUGGUCGAGAUCUCUCUGGUAACAAGCGAACUGCUGAACAAUCCUGCGAUCAGAAACUCACCAACAUGAACAGGGCUCUGGCUCUGAACUGCAAUGCACCAGUCAAUGAGAAGGAUGGUGCUGAGGCAAAGGACUGGAAGGCAGGGAAGCCUGUGAGGGUCGUGCGCAGUUCUAAAGGCCGCAAACACAGCAAAUACAGCCCAGAAGAUGGGAACAGAUAUGAUGGCAUUUACAAGGUGGUGAAAUACUGGCCAGAGACAGGCAAGUCAGGCUUCCUAGUAUGGAGAUACCUGCUCAAAAGGAAUGAUGAUGAACCGGCUCCGUGGACCCGAGAUGGCAAAGAACGCAUUAAAAAGCUUGGCCUCACCAUGCAGUAUCCUGAAGGUUAUCUGGAAGCAGUGGCAGCGAAGGAGAAGGAAAAGGAAAAUAAGGAUGAGGACGAGGUGGAUGAAACACCUACCAAGGGCAAGAGGAAGCGGAAAUCUCAGGCAGUUGAGGAUGAGGAGAAAACUUCACCAUCUAAGAGCACACCCAAGAAGGUCAAAGUGGAGGCCUACAAGCUGACCAAGGAGCAGAAGGUCCUGAUCAAGGAAGACGAGCUCAACAAGAAACUUUGGGAUGAGGCUAUGGGGUCUUUAAGCCUAGGACCAAGAUUCAUAAACAAGGUGGGGGAAAUUUUCCUGUGUAUUUGCUGUCAAGAAGUUGUUUACCAGCCCAUCACCACAGAGUGCCAGCACAACGUCUGCCGGGAAUGUCUCCAGCGGUCCUUCAAAGCGGAGGUAUACACCUGCCCCGCCUGUCGUCACGAUCUAGGCAAGAACUAUCAGAUGACAGUGAACAAAGCUCUACAAGCCAUCCUCACCCAGCUGUUCCCUGGCUACAGCAGUGGCCGAUGAUGACCGUCUCUCACGACAAAAUGUAUCGAUGAACUAGCAAGGGCAGUGCUAUACAUCAAGACUGAAUUAAACACCGAUACAAGUCGCGAGCUUAUCAGGGUAACCCAUAACCCCUUAAACUUGUUUGGUCCAAUUCUUAGCAGGUUACGAAGGUUCCCUUACUUCGUAACCUGCUCUCUUUUUUUUAUUUUUUUUAUUUAGUCCAUCAGGUAGAUCUCCUCCUCCUCCCAGUACACACCUUGUAGAGGUGGUUUUAGGUGGAGGUGCUUCCUGUUAUGAAAUAUAAUUUCUGAGUUACUCUGCACCAGCACAUCUUUUUUGAAAAACCUUCCGCUACGCACAACUGCACUAUUUGCUUCUAGCAAAAUUUCUUUUUAUUUUAUUUUUUAUUUUAUUUUUUAAUUUUUUUUGGCCAGGGAUAAGUGGACAUAUUUUGAUAGCAGGUAUGUAGGCAUGCACUGGCAUCAGGAUCCUUUUAAAACAUUUGAUUCAGAUCAGAUUUUUGUCUAAUAGCCGUGUAUUUUGACACCCCAGAACAUAUUCCUUCAAGGGUGAUCUAAACUAAAAGCUAGUCAGUUCUAUUAUAUAUUUAAAAAAAAAAAAAUCGUAUGCAUAAAAUGAACUUGCUAUUCCUUAACUUUGUCUUGGCUUUGCUUUCUAACUACUGUAUGUGCUUAGAAAUUCCACUUUAUUUUUGCUUCUGUUUUAUUCCUGUUAUGCAACUUGGUUUUCCCUCGUUCUCCCAUCAUGGACUUCAGAAGGAAACCGUUAGACUGUUCAUUCUCCAGACAAAUGAUAACGAAGGGCAUCUCCUGUUCAUCGAAUAUUUAAUGACCUGUCUCAAAGUUCUUCUCUUUGUUCUUAUCACACUAUAUGAUAAUCACCUAAGGCCAGAGAUUUGUUAUACCUCAAUUUCUCAUAUUGCAUUGACUGGAAAUGUAAUAUUCUAAAAUUGAAAUUGUAUAUUUUUUAGCAUUUGUAUUUAGCAAUUUUAUGUAGUUUUAGGUGCCAUUUUUCUUGCACUGUGUUGAGUGCGACAUUUUUU